AUGUUUCUUACCGUUCUUCUCAUGGCACCAGUCAUCUUCAAUCAGUGUGGCAAAGGGAAAAAAGGAAAGAAGAAAACGCUGACGACGUCUGCAGCUUCGAAGAGUCAAGUUUCGAAGCAGGAGAAAAAUAAGAAAAAUAAGAAAGGAGGGAAGGCUGAAAAAAAUCCGCAAACUGAGGAAUCAAUAUCGAAUGUUAAUGAUGAUGAUAAGAAGUCGAAGAAGUCGAAAAAAGCCAAGAAAACUGUGGACACGCUGAUGCAGACAGACACGAAAAUGGGCGAUGAGUCGAAGAGAAAAUCGCAGAAAACGAAGACGGAAGAAAAUGAUAAGCUGCCGACCAAAACUAAAACCGAGGACGAACAAAAACCGCCAUCACCGAAAAAAGAGGAGAAUCUGACGUUGACUCCAACGCAACCAGUUAAUCAAAAUCAAGCUCCGCCCCCUGAGCAGGAAUACAAGCCACCUCCAGAGCAUGAACGACCAAAGCAUCCUGGUUUUGAAGCACAGUUGGAACCCGGGGAGGACAACAAAACGAUCCAACAAGUCGUUCAGUUUACUGAUGCUCAAGAUUUCUAG